AUGGGUGAUCUAAUGAAACAUAAAGCUGAAAAUACAACAACUGUCAAAACAGAAUUGCAAAAAUAUCUUGCUGAAGAAAAUGAAGUUGAAAGCAAGAACUUCAACAUCUUGUCUUGGUGGAAAAUAAACUCACCUAGAUUUCCCAUUCUUGCUGAGAUGGUUCGUGAUGUGUUAGCUAUUCCUAUUUCAAGUGUGGCAUCCAAGUGUGCGUUUAGUACUGAUGGACACAUCUUGGAUUCAUUUAAGAGUUCAUUAACUCCUAAAUUGGUGAAAACUCUAGUGUGCCUUCAAGAUUGGAUUAGAAGUGAAUCACGACCUAUAAGUGUUGAGGAAGAUAUAGAUGUCCUUGAACAGCUCGAACAAGAUUUGGCUAAUAGCAUUCUUGAUGAUUAA